AUGUCAUUUGUUACAACUAAACAACAACGAUUAAUAGAAGAUGCAGUAUCUAAUCAUGUUAAAUACUAUGAUAAAACAAUUAAUCAAUAUUUAAAAUUAAGACAAGAUUUAUUUAAAUUAACAAAUGAUAUUAUACAAUCACAGCAACAACCAUUAGAGAAUGAUGAACAACAAGAAAGUAAUAAUUCUAUUAAUAUUAAAUUACAAUUAAAUGAAUUAAAAUUCAAUUUAGAUAGAAUGUAUCAAUUAUAUAAAUCACAUUUAAUUGAAUUAACUAAUUUCUUAAUAAUUCAUAAACAACAACAACAACAACAACAACAAAAAGGAAGUAUAAUUAUAGAUGAUGUUAAUAAUCAAUAUGAAUCAUUAACAAUUAAACAAAAUAAAUUAAAGGAUGAAAUUAAUAAUAUAACAAAAAUACAAAAACCUUUAUUAGAAAAGUUAAGAAAUUUAGUUUAUAAUUUUAAUAACAAUUUAGAUCCAUUAAAAGUUAAACAAUACACUGCCAGUAGUGCUACUGCCAGAGAACCAAUUGAUUAUGAAACUUCAACCAAGAUUGAUUUAAGUUCAUUGAAAUUUACAAAGGAACAAUUAGUUACAUUAUUUAAUGAUAUUACUGAUUCAUUAAAUGUUGAAGAAUCAUUAAAGAAUAAUACUCGAUUAUUUGAGUAUCAACCAGAAGAUGAUGAUUCUAUGAUUUAUAGAUUAAAUAAAUCUUCAUUACAUGAAAUUUCAACUCAAUCAACAAUUGANGAUUCUAUGAUUUAUAGAUUAAAUAAAUCUUCAUUACAUGAAAUUUCAACUCAAUCAACAAUUGAUGAAUAUGAUGAAUUAAUAGCUACAACUAUUAAUCAAAUAAAUUCAUUAAAUCAAGAAGGUUAUGAAUUAAAACAAAAUUGGAAUAAAAUGGCAUCCAAAAUUGAAAUCAUCAGUCAAAUUAUUAUAAAUGAACAAUCCCCACCACCGUCACACGACUUAGAAGAAGACCAACAAGUAGAUAUAGAGAUGGAAGGAUAA